AACAAUAACAAUAACAAUAACAAUAACAAUAACAAUAACAAUAACAAUAACAAUAACAAUAACAAUAGCGAUGACACUAACAAUGAUCAUAACGAUAUCAAUAUCAAUAUCAAUAACAACAUCGAUAACAAUAGCAAUGAUAAUAACAAUAGAAGGUUAUCAAUUACAGAAAAUGAAAAUUUAAUAGAUAUAAACGAACCACCUCAAAUACAGCAACCACCUCAGGCUUUAAAUAAUAGUGGUAUCAAUAAUAGUGGUAAUAAUAAUAAUAUGACUUCACCAAAUAUAACUUCACCAAAUAUAUCUUCAAAUAUAAAUUCAAAUAUAAAUAAAAAUGGAUAUGGAUUAAUACCACCACUUUCAUCAUCCUCAUCUUCAGGUAUAGGAAUGUCAUCAUUAUCUCCAAUUAAAAGUGGGUUAUCAACUUCAACAUCAUCAACAUCAUCAUUAACUACAAGUCCAAUCAAUAAAAGUAGUAAUGCUAUAAAGAAUACAACAGGGCCUCCAAAUACACUUGGUGUUACAAAUUCAAAUGAUAAUUAUACACCAAUUCUAGUAUCACCAAAUCAAGCAUCUUCAACACCAUCCCAUAUAAUUAAAGAUAUUAUCAGAGAGAGCGAAUUAGCAGAGGAAGAAGAUUUCAAACAAAUUGGAUCUGCAAUUUUAACUUCAAGUACCCAUAAUACAAAUUUUGAAAAUAUUGAUCUUGGUAAACAAUCAGAUUCCAGCGACACAAAGUCAUUGUUAAAGAAAAAUGAUUUAGCAUCCUCAAGUAAAUCAUUAUUAAAACAAUCAUCAAAUAAUGUACCAAACUCUCAUGGACGUUCAGGUCUUAAUCGUUCGACAGCUUUAAAUCGUUCAACCGCCUUAAAUCGUUCAACAGCUUUAAAUCGUUCAUCAAGUUCAAUUGCAAGUGCAGGUUUAAAGCUUAGUCAACUUUUUGUUAAUCCAUUAUUAUAUAGUGUUGCAUCUGAAAAUCAUAUGAUUUUAACAGUUUCAUCAGAAAUCAGCAGACCCCCACCAGAUCUUUAUGAUCACCACCAUCACCAUGAUAUCGAAAACAACCUCACAGAAAAAGAUGAAAUUCAAUUAGAAGAUUAUAAAAAGAAUAGUAAUAGUGAGCAGUUUGAUGGUUUCCCAGAUGGUGCAGAUGAAAUGGUAGAUGAAGAUUUAACAGAUGGUGAUAUUCAAGUUGUUCAAGAACACACUAAAAUAAUGAAAUUUUGGAUUAAAAAUCAAGGUCUUAUAUUAUUGGUUUUAAGUGCUUUUCUAUUUUCAAUUAUGGCUUUUAUUGUUAAAAAAAUUUCAACAGAAUUAUCAUCACUCGAAAUUGCAUUCUUCCGUUCAGUCUAUGGUCUCAUCGCGUGCAUAUUAAUUCUAUAUUCAAUCAGAGACAAUCCUUUGGGUCCAAAACAAUUCCGUUUAUUCUUAUCUUUGCGUGGUCUUUCAGGUACCAUUUCAUUAGUUGCAUAUUUCUAUACCAUCAAUGUUUUGCCUCUUUCCGAAGCAGUUAUCAUUUCAUUCACAAGUCCUGUUAUCACUGCCGCAUUGGCAGCCGUUCUUUUAAAAGAAAAAUGGGGUCCAAUCGAAGCACUCUGCGCUUUCUUAAGUUUGUGUGGUGUAACAAUCAUUUCAAAACCAUCCUUCCUUUUCCACAACCAUGGUGAUGGUGAUACUGCUGGUAAUGCCCAAAAUGAUCCAAGCAAGCUAUUAUAUAUUUUCAUUGGUAUUGGAGGCGCUUUCUUUACUGCUGUAUCUUAUAUUGCUGUUAGAAAAGUUGGUCCAACUGUUAAUCCUUUCAUUUUAGUAAACUACUUUUCUGCUAUUGCUGUAAUCAUUACAUUACCAUCCUCCUUUAUAUUCCAAUUCUUCAAAUGGCCAUCUCUUUCAACUUGGGGUUAUAUUACAUUAAUGGGUGUUCUCGGUACCAUUGCUCAAGGUGCUGUAAACAGAGGUAUUCAAUUAGAAAAAGCUGCAAAAGCCGCCGCUAUGAAUUAUCUUCAAAUUAUUUUCACCUUUAUUUGGGGAAUUGCCUUUCUUGGUGAAAAGAUUGAUUGGAUAACAUUUUUAGGCGCUGGUUUAAUUUUAUCAUGUGCUGGUAUAACUGCUUUUAGAAAAUAAUCAUUUCAUUAAAAAGAAAUCUAUAGUUUAAAAAUUUUAAAAUUAUAAAAACUUUAAAUUAAAAUUAAU